AUGUCGCACGCCAAGUUCAUGAAGCGAAAGGUCAAGGCUGGGCGGAUGGAGCUGGACCCGCGCGAGAUGACGCUGCUGGUGCACUACACGGUAGAGGCGACGGUGCUUGGUGAGGAUGGCGAGGAGAUCGAGUCGCGGACAUCGGACAACAUCAAGCGGAUCAGGCUGACGUCGCUGACGGCCAACUCGAACAUCAAGCAGCUUGCGUCGGAGAUUGUGGAAAAGUGCAAGCUCAUCCAUCCGUCCAAGGUGGGUGAGGUGGAAGAGCUGCUGCUGCAGCUGCAGGAGCGGGCGGCCGACGCCACGUCGUACUACGCGCGGCAGCAGGCGCUGACCAAGAUGUCAGACCCGGCGCUGUCACCACCACGGGCACGGGCGUCGGCAUCGAGUGGAGCGUCGAUGCGCGAGCUCGAAGGCUACAUUGAGCAGCUGUACGAGGCGCCCGAGGCGCAGGUGGCGGCGACAGCGUCGAUCCUGCAGCUGGCACAGGAUGAGGAGGGCAACCUUGAGCGGCUGGUCAAGAACGAGACACUGCUGCUGGCGCUCUCGCGAGUGCUCAAGGAGGCUGCAGCCGGCUCACAGGGCUCGAUGGAGCUGACGGCCAACGUAGUUCAGUUCUUCUUUGAGCUCUCCAAGUACUCGCAGUUCCACGAUGUCAUUGCCGACUAUCAGGUCGGCCGUGCGGCGCUUCGAGUGAUCGAGACGGAGAGCAAGCGGCACGGGGCAUGGCUCGCCAAGCUGCGGGCCAAGGAGGAGGCAGCCGGAGCGCCCGACGCGUCAGAGCGUGUGCGGGCCGGGCUCGACAAGCAGCUUAAGAUUGUGCGCGAGAAGGAGGCGCGGCAGGAGCGGCUGCUCUUUGUUUCACUCCACCUCUUGCUCAACAUUGCCGAGUCGACCGAGGUCGAGAAAAAGCUCCGCAAGAAAGCGAUCUGCAAGUUUCUUGUCGCCAUGCUCGAACGGCGCAACCUCGAGCUGCUCAUUCUUGUCUCGACUUUUCUCAAAAAGCUCUCGAUCUACCAGGAGAACAAGGACGACAUGAAGAAGCUAGGCGUUGUGGAGAAGCUGGCGCCGCUGAUGGCGGCCAAGAACAACGCGCUGCUGGCGUCGAUCCUCGACCUGCUCAUCAACCUCUCGUUCGACAAGGAACAUGCCCACGCCAUGAUCAAGUACGGGCUCAUGGGCCGGCUGGCCGAGCUUGUGCGCGAGCCGGCGUUCUCGGACCGUGCGCUGCGGGUCCUCUACCACAUGUCUGUUCACGACGAGGCCAAGGCCGCGUUUGGCUACGCCGUUGUCGGCCUCAUCCGCACCAUCAUUGUGGAGGAAGAGGAGCGGUACUUGCCGCUCGAGGUCAUGGCGCUGGGCGUGAACCUCACGCUCUGCCGUAAGACGGCGAUGAUGCUGUGCGAGGACGGCGGGCUUGAGCUUUACAUUCGGCGGGUGCUGGCGACGGGCGACCCGGUGCUGAUGAAGUUUGUGGCCAACCUGGCGACGCAUGACGGCGACUUUAAGAUGAUGUUCCUUGACUACAUCGACGAGAUUGUGCAGCUGGCCAAGGACUCGAGCGGCUCGCCCGAGUUCCAAGUCGAGGCGCUUGCACUCCUCGGGGCGCUGGCCAUUCCCAACUUUAACUACGCGCGGCUUCUCGAGGAGUAUGGCCUGCUCGAGUUUGCCGAGCCGCUGCUGGACGUCUCACGGGUCGACGACGACAUUGCACUGCAAGCUGUGGUCUUUAUCGGCACCGUGGCGGUCGAUCCAAACACCGCCGACGCCAUUGCAGCGACCGGCAUCAUUCCCGAGCUCAUGCACCUCAUGUCGGCGCGGCAGGAGGACGAUGCCUUUGUCCUCCACAUCACGUACGCCUUUUACUUUUUCGCCCUCAACGAGGCGACCCGUCGGGUCUUUAUGGACCAGGCCCACUCGGUAGCGUACAUGAUCGACCUGCUUCAAGAUCGCAACGUGCAGGUCCGCCGCUUGGCGGCAGCCGUUCUCGACAUUGUCGUCGAGCACGACCCGAGCUCCGCCGCAGAGAUCCAGCGGAUGAAGUUCCAGGCCCACAACGCCGAGUGGCUCGAUGCCAUGGCCGGCGGCAGCGGAGCCGGUAUUGCCACUGCCCAUUACGUCGACGAGCCUGACGACCGCGGCCGGAUGGGCGCGCUCCUCGACUCGUCUUCACUCCUCAUGGACGAGGCCGGCGAGUACGGGCGCGAGUACAACCACGACGACGGCUACGGCUACGGCCGCGAAGGCUUUGAUCCGCUAAUGGACGAGAUGUACGGCAACGACGAGUUCCCGUCCGACUCGUACGACUACCGCGAUGACGGAGGGACGGUGGGCGCAGCGUCGGUGGAGGGCGGGGAUGGCGGGGCCGGCGCGGGCGCUGGGGCCGGGGCUGGGGCUGGGGACGGAGAUGGCAGCGUGGUGGCGGGAGGCGUGGGAACGUCGUCGCGGGAGGCGCAGUUUAAGCACGCAUAUGCGCUCAUCCACUACGAGGGGACCAAGCUCGACGCCGAGUACCUGCUCGGGGCUCGUGUGCUGAUCGCGUCGCUGCUGGAGGCCAAGCCCGAGGCCGAUGUGGUUGUGCUGGUGUCUGAGAAUGUGACACCCGAGACGGUGGCGGUGCUGGAGGCGACGGGUGCGCGGCUCAAGUUUGUGCCCAACAUCCCCAAUCCGUACAAGCACACCAACGCUGGCGAGGGCGAGGGCGCCGGGGUGGGCGAUGGGACGGUGCCUGCGGCCGAGGCUGCGUCGUACAAGGCGCACUUUGAGCACUCGCUCAAUAAGCUCCACUUGUGGAACAUGGUCGAGUACGAGCGGGUCAUCUACAUGGACGAGGACUCGAUCUGCCUGCGCAACAUGGACGAGCUGUUCCAGUGCGGUCACUUUUGCGCCGCGUUCCAGAACCCGGUCAACUUCCACACGGGCAUGCUUGUGGUCAAGCCGGACAAGGCUGUGUUUGACGACAUGAUUGCUUCGCUUGGCUCGGGUAUGCUCUCCUAUGAUGGCGGCGACCAGGGCUUUUUUGUCUCCUACUUUGCCGAGCUCAUCGCCGCCCCGCUCUUUGACCGCAACGCUGUGCCCGAGUCGGGCAAGUUCGAGGUGCCCAUGAUGCGACUGGACAUUGUGUACACCAUGAACCACAUCUACUUUUACGAGAAGAUGUCUUUCAAGCUGUACCGGUCGUCCAAGUACCCCGAGCUCAAGACGGCGGCCGUGCCGGCGUUUUCCAUGACGUAUCCGAUCGCGCAGCCGUUCAAGCCGUGGAACUGGGUCCCGUACUGGUACAUGGACAUCCACUGGGUGUGGCUUUCGUUCCGGGAGACGCUUGACGACAACACGCCGGUGGAGAACAUGCUGCGGCUUGCCGCCGGCGUCCUCAUUCCGUGGUUUGGCUAUGACUAUGCGGUGGCCAAGUACGGCGCGCGGGUGUUUGCUGGCUCGUCGCCGCUGCGGCUGCGGGCCAAGCUGAGUGCGGUGGCGAGCCGGAUUGGGCUGCGUCCGUUGGUCUGGCUCUGCAUGCUUGGCGUGGUGAUAGUGAUGAAGCUCGCGGACGGACUCAUUCCGUCGACGACCUAUCCGAUGUGGGCGUGGACCAUGUACGUGUGCUUCCACCUUGUUUGGUUCCGGCUGCAGGUGGACUCGCUGGCGCGGGCGGCGUCGGGCAACGCGGCGGCGUUCAACCCGCGCGGCCUGCUGCCCAUUGCCGGCCUUGCCGUCCUGACGCUGUAUGUGAGCAUGACGGUCCGAUUCCCCGAGUUUCUCUCCAAGCUCGGCUUUACCAUGGUCAUGGUCAUGGUCAUCGGCGAGCGUCAUGCCGCCGCGCUGCGGGCCCAGCUUGAGCACCUGCCUGGCGGGACUGCUGCGCGCGCCGCUGACGAGCGGGCUGCGUUCAAGCCUGCUGCGGAGGACGGCCUGCUCCCUGGCUAUCUCUCUGCCUAGAGCUGUAGGAUAAUGAAUUUACUGGCCAGAGAUC